AUGAGGAUCCUUACUGGAAGACUCUGUUUCUACCUCAUUUCUUUUUCAUUCAGUAUUUUAUCCAGUACAGCAGAUAGUCUGCAAGUUAGGAAUCCAGCUCAAACGUUUUUCCAGUUUUACGACUACUCUUAUUUCAACCUCUCUUCUGUAUCGGAAGCACAAGCUCCAAAAACAGCCAGAGUUCUCAAUUUCUCACAUAACAUGAUUGAAAAAAUCACCAAAAGAGACUUUGAAGGUUUUGAUGCACUGGAAGUUUUAGAUCUUGCCUACAAUCAGAUACACUACGCUGAACCUGGUGUGUUUGAGAAUUUACUCAACCUUACUUCUGUGAAUUUUUCAUUUAAUGGUAAGAAACUUGAUGUACUGGGUCUUGCAUCUCAUCUAAAACUGCUACCAACUAACGAAGCCUCAGGGGUUUUACAGCUUUCCAAAUGCUUUGAAGUAUCAUCGGAGACUGCUCUGGAGUCUCCUGCGUCAGCCCAAGAGCUGCAGCCUUCUGCAGGUCCAGCUGAUCAGCUACCUGUUAACGUGAGAGUCAGGCGGAGUAAUCGGCGUUCCCAGAGAGCAGCGGGGAAUGUCACGGUCUCUCCAACAGCUGGACCAAGGCUCCAUGCCUGUGGAACACCAAUAAAUGGAAUUCUUGAUUUGUCGGAGAGGAAACUGUCUGAGGAAGAGCUGGAGGAAAAACUGCAGGCUAAUCUCUGCCAAGCUCAGCUGGAUAGCAUUGUAGAGCUUAACAUUAGUSGCAACAACCUGGAAAUGGACCUUUUAUCACUGUUCAUCUUGUUUUUACCAAUGAAAAAUGUACAGUCUAUUGAUGCUAGUUAUAACAAAAUAACCAUCAACAACAUUGAUGUUGAAGCGAUUUGUCGCUUCCCAUUCCACAAUCUCUUCUUUUUAAAUAUCAGCAACAAUCCCUUGAAUAACUUGGAUACAAUAUGUCUCCCUUCAACCAUUAAGGUAAUUGAUUUGUCCUUCACAAACAUAAGUCAAAUACCUAAAAAUUUUGCUAAAAAACUGUUUAACCUGGAAAAAAUGUAUGUUGAGGGAAAUCAUUUCAUAUAUACUGCAAGUCCAAAAGAGGCUGAUGUCAAUGAAAAACUUCCACCUGGAACUGUACGAAUUAAUGCAAUUUCCUUAGUUAGAAAUGAUGCUGGCACACCCAUUGAAAGCCUUCCAGAGAAAGUAAAACACUUACAAAUGUCCAACUGCUCUAUUGUAGAACUUCCAGAGUGGUUUGCUGGCACCGUGAGAGAAUUAAUGCUCUUGGAUCUCAGCAGUAACCCAGUUUCCACAUUUCCUCAGUUGCCUAUCUCUGUGCAGCAUCUGGACAUAAGUAACAGUGAUAUUAAAGUAAUACCACCUCGUUUUAAGUCCCUUUCUAACUUGGGAAUAAUUAAUAUUCAAAAUAAUAAGAUUACAGAUAUGCCUCUUGAAUAUUUCCCGCUAACUUUAACAAAAUGUGAUAUUAGUAAAAAUAAAUUGCAGGUUUUGUCAUUCACUGAAACCCUAAAGAAACUUGAGUAUCUUAAUGUUUCUGGAAAUCAAAUAACCACCCUGGAACCAACGAAGCAACUUCCUGCAAUGACUGCUCUAGACAGYAGUCACAAUUUAAUUGCACAACUACCCGAUCGCUUUGGGGAAAUCCUUCCAACAUUGAAAUACCUUAAUUUAUCAGGGAAUAAGAUCUCCUUCCUACAAAGCGGCUCUCUCCCGGUUUCUUUGGUUGAACUGGACAUUAGCAACAACGCCAUUACUACAGUAGUAGAGGACACUUUUGGCCAGCUUGCGAGCCUGACCGUUCUGACUGUUCAAGGUAAACAUUUUUUUUGUAACUGUGAUCUCUACUGGUUUGUGAAUGUGUAUAUCCAUAAUCCCAACUUGCAGAUAAUCGGAAGAGAAAAUCUCAGGUGUAGCUUUCCACCAGACAGAAGGGGGCUGCUGGUUGAGAACAGCAACCUGACGCUUUUGCAUUGCUCCCUGGGCAUUCAAAUGGCCAUCACRGCUUGCGUGGCCGUCCUCGUGGUCUCGGUGCUAACGGGCUUAUGCUGGCACUUUGAUGGACUCUGGUACGUGAGAAUGGGCUGGUACUGGUGCAUGGCAAAAAGAAAGGAGUAUGAGAAGAGGCCAGAAAACAAGCUAUAUGAUGCCUUCAUUUCGUACAGCAACGAGGAUGCAGAYUGGACAAAAGAGAACCUGCUGGAAAAACUGGAAGCUAAGGGGUUCAAGGUAUGUUACCAUGAGAGAGACUUUAUACCAGGGCAUCCUGUGCUUGGCAACAUCUUCUACUGUAUAGAAAACAGCCAUAAGGUCAUCUUUGUUCUGUCUCCCAGCUUUGUAAACAGUUGCUGGUGUCAGUAUGAGCUGUAUUUUGCUGAGCACCGGGUCCUGAAUGAAAAUCAAGAUUCCCUCAUUAUGAUUGUGUUGGAAGAACUGCCUUUCAACAGCGUGCCCCAGAAGUUCAGCAAACUCAGGAAGCUCCUGAAAAGAAAAACCUACUUGAAGUGGAGCCCUGAACAACCCAAACAAAAAGUUUUCUGGCAUCAGCUAACAACUGUUCUGAAAACAGCCAAUGAACCACUUGUUGUGAGAGCAGAAAAUGGAUCCGCUAACAAUAUGUAUGAGAUGGAAUGAGGUUACAAGAAUUUCUGUGACUGUGCCUGGAAAGUCAGCAGGCAAAUAAAAGCAUUUCAGUGUU